AUGGAGCUUCAUCAAAGACAUUUUGAGAAAGCCGGAAGUCGGUCGGAAGAAUUCGCUUCAGGAUUGGUGCCGCUAUGCAGCAAUAAUUCGUCGACACAAUUUUUACCGCUAAAUGAAAUAACAACACAGCAAUUCACUCUGGUUGAUUGUCCAAUCAAUCCUCCACGAAAAAUUUUAAAUGGAGAUCCAAAUCGUUCAUCUGACUUGAGAGAUAUUACUUCCACCAGUGGUGUUAAUAUUCAGUCAUCAGAACUAAGGACUGGAGUCGAAUCAUUUAAUUACGUCAAACCAACUAAGUAUGAAGCUGAAAUUUGUUCAUCAUGCGCUGAAUACAUAGUCGAUCGUAAUCUUCUUACCGUAAACUCUCAAUAUUGGCAUGUUGAAUGCCUACGGUGUUCACAGUGUUCCAUCCGCUUGGAUCAAUAUCCAUCGUGCUUUUUUAAAGACAAUGUUAUUUAUUGUAAGCAGUGCUAUAACCGCCGAUAUGCUAAUGCUAAUGCUAACAAAAAGUUUGUAUAA